AUGCCUCUUGAUACUUCUACCUACUCCAUGGCGCUCCUGCGCGUCGAUGGCCGUCGCUGGAACGAGCUCCGACGGCUCCAUGCUCAGAUCCGGACCCAGGAAGCCGCCGAUGGCUCGAGCUACCUUGAGAUGGGACAUACAAAGGUCAUGUGCGUCGUGACGGGGCCGGCUGAGCCCCAGCGUCGUGGAGGUGCUGGUGGUCAGUCCAAGGAGGCUGCCGUCACCGUCAACCUCGUCGUCGCCGGCUUUAGCUCUGUCGACCGCAUGAAGCGGGGCCGCAACGACAAGCGAUCACAAGAACUUGAGGCUACCAUCGCCAAAGCCGUCUCAGCGAACCUUCACACCCAUCUCUUCCCCCACAGCUGCAUCACCAUCUCCCUACAUGUGCUGUCCCAGGACGGUUCCCUGCUGGCGGCGCUUCUGAAUGCGUCGACACUAGCACUCAUCGACGCGGGCAUUCCAAUGACUGACUACAUUGCUGCUUGCACCGCAGGCUCGACAUCCACAUACGCUGCCGCCGAUGACGGCGCAGACCCCUUACUCGAUCUCAAUACCCAAGAGGAGCAGGAGCUGCCUUACAUGACGGUGGGAACGCUGGGCCUCACGGAUCGUGUUGCAGUGUUGGUAUGUGAAAGUCGUGUUCAGGUCAGCCGGUUGGAAGGCAUGCUUGCCGUGGGUGUGGAUGGGUGCAAACAGGUGCGGCAGUUCAUGGACCGCGUCGUCAAGGAUAAGGGCCGACAGAUGAUCCAGGAGGGUGCGGUAGAGAAAGGUACAGGAUUGGAUCUGGAGAUGGAAUCAUGA